AUGCAAGUCACCUUCGCCGUCUCAAAUUUGACGGGACGAGCGAAGACUUCGGCCUUGGGGCUCAAGCUUAACGACCCAAACGUGUUUGAGUCGUUUAAGAUCUUGAAGUCUCGGCUCAAAGAAACAUUUGAGCCGCCAAUAGCCAAGUUGAGAGCGCGAUCUGCACUCUUGAGGCUAAAGCAAGGUAAGCGUGACGUGCACGCUUACGCACAGCAACUGCGCUACCUUGCAAGUAGCGUUACGGAGAACCCUGUUGAUGAGCAUACGCUCAUCAACGUAUCCAUCUACGGCCUUGUGGAUGGGCCGGUGAAGACCUACAUGUUCCGAGAGGACUUCCAUACCCUGAAAAGGCUAUAG